GUUCCGGGGAUUAUGACGUCGACGCCUCCCCCCCCACAACUGCUGAAAAUGGUUUCCUAGGACUUUGCAAACGGAUCUGCUUAAGUGUUGGUGCAAAACUUUGUAGAUCUCGGCUCUGGCUUGCUUUAUUUAUUUAUUUUCUGGUUUGUUUUCUUUGGUCUUCCCUCCUUCCCCCCUCCGCCAAAAUGCAGGGGGCAGGAGUGUUGACAAUUAAUUGGUGAACUCUCCUAAAAAAAUGGAGGCAGAGAAAGACUCUGGAAGAAGAUUGCGCCCGAUUGACCGCCAAAGAUACGACGAGAACGAGGACUUGUCGGACGUGGAGGAGAUCGUCAGCGCCCGCGGCUUCAGCCUGGAGGAAAAGCUGCGCAGCCAGCUGUACCAGGGGGAUUUCGUGCACGCCAUGGAGGGCAAAGAUUUCAACUAUGAGUAUGUGCAGAGAGAAGCUCUCCGAGUUCCCCUGGUAUUUCGAGAAAAGGAUGGCCUGGGAAUUAAGAUGCCUGACCCUGAUUUCACAGUCCGAGAUGUCAAACUCCUAGUGGGUAGCCGACGGCUGGUGGACGUGAUGGACGUGAACACCCAGAAAGGCACGGAGAUGAGCAUGUCCCAGUUCGUACGGUACUACGAGACGCCCGAGGCCCAGCGGGACAAGCUGUACAACGUCAUCAGCCUUGAGUUCAGCCACACCAAGCUGGAGCACUUGGUCAAGCGUCCCACCGUGGUAGACCUGGUGGACUGGGUGGACAACAUGUGGCCUCAGCACUUGAAGGAGAAGCAGACGGAAGCCACGAAUGCCAUUGCAGAGAUGAAGUACCCGAAAGUGAAGAAGUACUGUCUAAUGAGUGUGAAGGGUUGUUUCACUGACUUCCACAUCGACUUUGGAGGUACUUCCGUUUGGUACCAUGUUUUCCGGGGUGGGAAGAUUUUUUGGCUGAUUCCUCCAACCUUGCACAAUUUGGCACUGUAUGAGGAGUGGGUGCUGUCAGGCAAACAGAGCGACAUCUUCCUGGGAGACCGUGUGGAGCGAUGCCAAAGAAUUGAGCUGAAACAGGGUUACACGUUUUUCAUCCCUUCCGGCUGGAUCCAUGCAGUCUACACUCCUGUAGACUCUCUGGUGUUCGGCGGGAAUAUCCUGCACAGCUUCAACGUGCCCAUGCAGCUGAGGAUCUACGAGAUCGAGGACAGAACGCGGGUGCAGCCCAAAUUCCGUUACCCCUUCUACUAUGAGAUGUGCUGGUAUGUCUUGGAGAGAUACGUGUACUGUAUGACCCAGCGGUCCUACCUCACUCAGGAAUACCAGAGAGAAUCAAUGCUUAUUGAUGCCCCAAGAAAGCCCAGCGUAGACGGCUUCUCAUCUGAUUCCUGGCUGGAGAUGGAGGAGGAGUCCUGUGAGCAGCAGCCCCAGGAGGAGAAGGAGGAAGAGGAGGAGGAAGAGGAAGAGGAGGAGGGUGCAGAUAAGACCCCCAAAGCAUCCACCGAUGGCCCUGCCUCACCCACGAGCACCCCGUCCGAGGACCAGGAGGCCCCCGGGAAGAAGCCCAAAGCCCCUGCCAUGCAGUUCCUCAAAAGGACUCUGUCAAACGAGUCAGAGGACAGCGUGAAGUCCACCACGAUGCCCACCGACUACCCCAAGACGCCCACCGGCUCUCCCGCCACUGAGGUCUCUGCCAAAUGGACCCACCUCACCGAGUUUGAACUGAAGGGCCUGAAAGCUCUGGUGGAGAAACUUGAAUCCCUCCCGGAGAACAAGAAGUGUGUCCCUGAGGGCAUCGAGGACCCCCAGGCCCUCCUGGAGGGUGUGAAGAAUGUCCUGAAGGAGCACGCGGAGGAUGACCCCAGUCUGGCCAUCACUGGGGUCCCCGUAGUCACUUGGCCAAAGAAGACUCCAAAGAACCGAGCGGUAGGUCGGCCCAAGGGGAAGCUGGGCCCGGCCUCUGCGGUGAAGUUGGCCGCCAACCGGACCACGGCGGGAGCUCGCCGGCGCCGGACGCGAUGCCGCAAGUGCGAGGCCUGCCUGCGGACGGAGUGCGGCGAGUGCCACUUCUGCAAGGACAUGAAGAAGUUCGGGGGCCCCGGGCGGAUGAAGCAGAGCUGCAUCAUGAGGCAGUGCAUUGCGGGCACUGUGCCUCCAGCCCCAGGGAGGGAGUGGCGAUCUCCCUGCUCCCCGGGGACAGCAGGCUCAGCGGGAGGAUCAAGGCCUCCGGCCCAGCCAGUGCUGCCUCACACCGCAGUGUGCCUGGUGUGUGGCGAGGCGGGAAAAGAGGACACAGUGGAAGAGGAAGAAGGCAAAUUUAACCUCAUGCUCAUGGAAUGCUCCAUCUGCAAUGAAAUCAUCCACCCUGGAUGCCUUAAGAUUAAGGAGUCAGAGGGCGUGGUCAACGAUGAGCUUCCAAACUGCUGGGAGUGUCCCAAGUGUAACCACGCCGGCAAGACCGGGAAAGCCUACAAGCAAAAGCGUGGCCCUGGCUUUAAGUACGCCUCCAACCUGCCUGGCUCCCUGCUCAAGGAGCAGAAGAUGAACCGGGACAACAAGGAAGGGCAGGAGCCUGCCAAGCGGAGGAGUGAGUGUGAGGAGGCGCCCCGGCGCAGGUCCGACGAGCACCCCAAGAAGGUGCCCCCCGACGGCAUCCUGCGCCGAAAGUCGGACGACGUGCACCUGAGGCGGAAGCGGAAAUACGAGAAGCCCCAGGAGCUGAGUGGACGCAAGCGAGCCUCGACGCUUCAAACGUCCCCCGGUUCCUCCUCUCACCUCUCGCCGAGGCCCCCUCUAGGCAGCAGCCUCAGCCCCUGGUGGAGAUCCAGUCUCACUUACUUCCAGCAGCAGCUAAAACCCGGCAAAGAAGAUAAGCUUUUCAGGAAAAAGCGACGGUCCUGGAAGAACGCCGAGGACCGGAUAACUCUGGCCAACAAGCCUCUCCGGCGGUUCAAGCAGGAACCAGAGGACGACCUACCCGAGGCGCCCCCUAAGACCAGGGAGAGCGACCACUCGCGCUCCAGCUCCCCUACUGCCGGGCCAAGCACAGAGGGCGCGGAGGGGCCCGAGGAGAAGAAGAAGGUGAAGAUGCGCCGGAAGCGGCGGCUCCCCAACAAGGAGCUGAGCAAGGAGCUGAGCAAGGAGCUGAACCAGGAGAUCCAGAAGACGGAGAGCAGCCUGGCCCAGGAGAAUCACCAGCCCAUCAAGUCGGAGCCUGAGAGCGAGAAUGAGGAGCCCAAGCGGCCCCUGGGCCUCUGCGAGCGCCCCCACCGCUUCAGCAAGGGGCUCAACGGCACCCCCCGGGAGCUACGGCACCAGCUGGGGCCCGGCCUGCGCAGCCCGCCCCGAGUCAUCUCCCGGCCCCCUCCCUCCGUGUCCCCGCCCAAGUGUAUCCAGAUGGAGCGACAUGUGAUCCGGCCGCCCCCCAUCAGCCCCCCGCCCGACUCGCUGCCCCUGGAUGACGGGGCAGCCCACGUCAUGCACAGGGAGGUGUGGAUGGCCGUCUUCAGCUACCUCAGCCACCAAGACUUGUGUGUCUGCAUGCGGGUCUGCAAGACCUGGAACCGCUGGUGCUGCGAUAAGCGGUUAUGGACCCGCAUCGAUUUGAACCACUGCAAGUCCAUCACGCCCCUGAUGCUAAGCGGCAUCAUCCGGCGACAGCCUGUCUCCCUAGACCUCAGCUGGACCAAUAUCUCCAAGAAACAGCUGAGCUGGCUCAUCAACCGGUUGCCUGGGCUCCGAGACUUGGUGCUGUCCGGCUGCUCAUGGAUCGCAGUCUCCGCCCUCUGUAGCUCCAGCUGUCCAUUGCUCCGGACCCUGGAUGUCCAGUGGGUAGAAGGGCUGAAGGACGCCCAGAUGCGGGACCUCCUGUCCCCGCCUACAGACAACAGGCCAGGUCAGAUGGACAAUCGGAGUAAGCUCCGGAACAUUGUGGAGCUGCGUCUGGCCGGCCUGGACAUCACGGACGCCUCCCUGCGGCUUAUCAUCCGCCACAUGCCCCUGCUCUCCAAGCUCCACCUCAGUUACUGUAACCACGUCACUGACCAGUCCAUCAACCUGCUCACUGCUGUGGGCACCACCACCCGGGACUCCUUAACUGAAAUCAACCUGUCAGCCCGUGUUCAUUCCUGAGAAACUCCUCCUUCCUGUUGCUAAUGCCCCAUCCGACUGGGAGCGAGGAGGUUUGGCUCACUUGAGCUAAAGUUGUACCUUAGUGUCUGGGAGGCCCCUUCCGCCUCCUCAGGGAGUUUUGGUGGCGGGUGGCAGUGGGGUGGUGGCCUCCCAAGGAGGCAGUGAACAGAGCGCCACACUGAGGUGAGUCAGCUAUUGGUCUUGAAGUGAUGCUGGGCUGCCCAGUGGAGAAGGUCCUGGGAGGCAGCUUGUUCUAAGUGCUUGGUAGUUAUGAACUCGUUACCCUGUUCUGACUGGGUCACUAGGGUAUAUAGCAGGGAUACCAGUUUAAUCCCCCUCCCCUGCAGCGAAGAGGAUGUCCAUGAUACGUGUGUGUGAGUCAUCUUUUGCAUUUUGUUUUCCGCCACAGUCCAGUCGCCUCUUUUCGUCUCAGAGCCUGCAUGCAUGUCUCUCCAUUGUGUUCAGAGCUGUGACACGCAUGAAGGCCCGUCUCCAUACCCAGUCUUUUCUAUACUCAGUUCUUUUGAACAUGUUUUCUCUUCCUAUAAGUGUAACUAGUUAAUGGUAAAAUAAGCCUCUGCCACAGAAAGGAAAGCGCUUGACAUAUUGCCAGGUCCUUCAGUGUGGUCAGAUCAGGUCUGGUAGCAAAAGUGAAGCCACUUUGGUGCCUUGCCUCCCCUGCUUCUCACCUGGAGGAACCACCUUCAAAUUUUGAGCUCUUGCUGUUUGUUUACCUCCCCUUUUCCAAACAGCCUACAUUGCUAUUUCUUGUUUAUUUUUUACUCAGAUGCUCUUUUUGUUAACUUGCCUUGUACAGCAUAAGGAUUACUGUUCUUAAAUUCUCUCCACUGCCGCCUCCCCCACCCCAAAAUCUUCCCAGUUUGUGUGGUUAAGUCACUGUUAUUUACUGCAUUAUGGCCAUGCAUGUAUUGUCCAGUGUUGAGCCAAAGUGUGUAUUAUGAGUAUGUUUCUUUCCUUGCACAAUUUUUUUGUUUUCCCUAGAGUUAAUAAUUGCCUUUUUGUUUGCUCAGUCUCUGAACAGACUCUACAACAGACUCGAGUACUAUUCUUUACCCUCAUGAACUUAGGCCCUUAACCAAUCUUGGUAAGAAACCACCCUCCUAGCUUUCUUUCCUCCUGCCCCCACUUGAACUCGACCGCCUCUGCCAUCUGCAUGUCUGCUUCCUAGGAUUUCCUUGGUCUCUGUCUUGUGUAGGGGCCCCUCUUUCCUUGAUCCUGUAUCUUCUUUCUUGGUUUAUCUGUUCAUUUGCUGGAGGACAUAAUCCAGACCUUCUGUGUCUGAAAUGGUUUCAUUAUACCUUCAUGUUAUAAGGUAUAAUCAAUCUCUCAACUUGGAAAAUAUGUUCUGUGGUUCUGGAAAAUUUUCUUGAGUUAGUUUCCUUUUUCUUUCUUUAAUAGUCUUUUGAUACCUUUACUUUUUCCCCACCUCUUGUCUUUUUGCUCUGUUCUUUGGUUUUCCCCUUCUUACACAGUUCAUAGUCAGUUCACCCUUAAACAACUUAGGUGCUAGGGGUGGAGCCCUCUGCAGUAGAAAAUCCAAAUAUAACUGAUGGUUGGCCCUUGGUAUUCGCACGUCCUCCAUAACCUCAGGUUCAACCACUAUUGAAACACAUGGGCAGAUAUGUUGACCUGCACAGUUCAAACACGUGUUGUUCAAGGAUCAGCUGUAGUGAAUUUUUCAUUUCAGACACAUGAAACUGCUUUAUUAGGUAGGUCAAAAGUCACAUAUUGGCAGUUCUCACAUGGUUUAGCCUAUAUUUUUAACUUGACAGCUACAGUUCUCAGGACUUUUGGGGAGUGGCCUGUUCUUGGAUCCAGAUGUCUGUCCUGAGGAUACUGGCGGUUGUAUUUUCUUCUCCACAUAGACCAUGCGUUCCUUCAGAAGCAGUCGGUGGGCCUGCCUGGGGCUCCUCUCAGUUCUGUCUUCAGCAUGUGGUUUUCUCUUCAGCUGAUGGGCUGCUCUUGGGACAGGGUGGGAGCUGAUUGACUGUAGAUGUCAUUGGGCAGUCAGCACGGGUUGUUUCUUUGGGGAAAUCCAGACUUGACACCUAUCCAUCUUUCCUCUUAAGCUGGUCAAAGUUGCCCAAGGACACUUUUCUUGACCUCCCAACUGAAGGGUUCAGGCCAGGCUGCUGGUGUUCAGGGCUUGGCAGGAAAGGAGUCUGGGGGUCUCAACAGUCAGCAGGUAAAUUUCCCUGUAACCCCCAUUUUUCAGUGGGCCCUCCUGCCUUCCACAGUGGUGCUGCCUAGUCUAGAGCCUUUCUCUUGCCCAGAGACGAACUCCCCUCUUCUGGGGAGUCUUCCAGCUUUGUACCUCUUCCCCUUACAGGGUUUAUACACCAUCCUUCUCACUUGACUUUUACAGUAAGACUAUGUGGGCAAAUAUUUGAGAGAUUAUGAGGUAAGGGGAUACCCUUGGAAAAUCUGAGGUGUUAAUCUUCCAAGUCACCUCUUUGGCAGCAUCCUUGUCACUUUGCCAUCUGCCUGGCUAGCAUGGGAGGCACUCAGCUUUCCAUCACCACUUGUUCUAAGUUCAUGAGUUCAUUGUUCAGGAUUGGAUUUUGUUGACAUUGUCUGAAAUGUGUAUCCAGGACUCUGAGCAUUUGUGCAAGGAUGUUGUGCAGACCUGAGGAGAGUGCUCUUUGAUGACUUGUGGGAUGCUGUGACGUGACUUCUUUGUACCACCUCCUAAGCUGGAGGCACUGUGACAUAUGGAGCUGGCACUGGCCUCAUGUGCGUUACUGCAGUUUGUCCUUACUGUUAACAUUUGUUCAUACUCAAUUCAAGAGCAAAAUGAAAGUAUGCAUACUAGCAAUGACAAGCCAAGGUCAGUAAUACCACUGAGAUGAAGGAAUCUCCAGGCUCAGGGUAGGGACUUGGCCUCAGCUGGAUGAGAGCUGGCACUGCAGCUCAUUGACUGAGCGUUCAGUUCUAAGAAAAGAGUAUGACAGACCCUAAGUCCACAUUGAUAGAAAUACUCGGUUGAGGGUUCGGAGUUCCGAUUUUGCUCUCUGUGGAUGGAAUCUCUCCAGCCACUUCUAGUGCAUUGGUUUCCUGCAUGGGUUUGAGGUAGACAUUCCAUGGAGGGGACCAAGCAUGUGGGCCUUGCAGUAAAGCGCCAGUGUCCAGGGGAGCAGGAGGGUCCCGGGAUGGCCUUACAGUGUCCUCACUCCCCAGCAUCUCUUCCCUGGGAAUGAGCAGGUAAGCACACAAGAGCGUGCAGAGAGAGGUGUUCCUCAGCAGGAGUAUAGGCAUGAAAAGCAAGCUGUUUUCGUGUGUCAUGUGAUCUUAUCUGUAAAACAACAUGGACAGGACCUGUUGAUGUGAGAAUGUAUACGUGUAAGACUCUUAAAUGGGACAAGAGCCUGAGCAAUUUCACUCGGAACUUGUGGUGU